AUGUUUCGACCAACGAUUGCUCUGCUGAUGGCGAAUGUAUGCAAUGCUGCAGCUCCGAAAUCCGUCAGGUUAGAAUGUGGCACUGACGAGGUCUCACUUAAUCAGUACAAAAUCGGCAUGAUCAGUGAAAUGAUACACACCGCAAGUUUGGUACAUGACGAUGUAAUCGAUGGAGCGGACACCCGACGUGGCAAUGCUUCCGUUAAUGCAAUUUGGGGAAAUAAAAUGGUAUGA